AUGGACGUGGUCGCGGACGUGGACGUGGACAUGGAUAUGGACAUGGACGUGGAUAUGGACUUGGACGUGGACAUGGACGUUGACGUGGACAUGGACGUGGACAUGGACGUGGACGUGGACAUGGACGUGGACGAGGACGUGGACAUGGACGUAGACGUGGACGUGGACGUGAACGUGGACGUGGUCGUGGACGUGGACGUGGACGUGGACGUGGACAUGGACGUGGACGUGGAUGUGGACCUGGACGUGGAAUUGGACGUGGACGUGGACGUGGACGUGGACGAAGACAUGGUCCUGGACGUGAACGUGGACGUAGACAUAGACAUAGACGUGGACGUGGACGUGGACAUGGACGUGGACCUGGUCGUGGACGUGGACGUGGACGUUGACGAUGACGUGGACGUGGACAUGGUCGUGGACGCGGACAUGGAUGUGGACGUGGACAUGGACGUGGACGUGGACGUGGUUGUGGACGCGGACGUGGACGUGGACAUGGAUAUGGACGUAGACAUGGUCGUGGACGUGGACAUGGACAUGGACGUGGACGUGGACGGGGACGUAGACGUGGACGUGUACGUGGAGGUGGACGUGGACAAGGACGUGGACGUGUACGUGGACGUGGACGUGGACAAGGACGUGGACGUGGACAUGGACGUGGACGUGGACGUGGACAUGGACGUGGACGUGGAGGACUUGGACGUGGACGUGGACGUGGACAUGGACGUGGACAUGGACGUGGACGUGGACGUGGACAUGGACGUGGACAUGGACGUGGACAUGGACAUGGACAUGGACGUGGACAUGGACGUGGACAUGGAAGUGGACGUGGACGUGGACGUGGACGUGGACAUGGACGUAGAUGUAGACGUGGACGAGGACAUGGACAUGGACGUGGACGUGGACGUGGACGUGGAGGUGGACGUGGACGUAGACGUGGACGUGGACGUGGACUGGACGUGGACGUCGACGUGGACGUGGACGUGGACGUGGACGUGGACGUGGACAUGGACGUAG